AUGGAUGGCCAAGCAAAAGUAUAUGGUAGACUCAACAGGUUGGAUGUAUCUGGUGGUGCUGAUGUUUUUGAACCUGCAUCAAGCAGUAAUGCUAAACAGAGAGAAGCUUUGGUAGAGUGGUUGAAUAGCCUUCUUCCCAACUUAAGCUUGUCAAUAAAUGUUUCAGAUGAGAAAUUGAGAACUUUGUUGAUUGAUGGGACUGUUUUAUGUCAGAUUUUGAACAGGCUCAGACCGGGUUCUGUGACUGAGUGUGAUGACUCGAACCGUACUUCAGAGUCGCACUCAGAAAGCUUAAAAAGGUUUCUGGCAGCAAUGGAUGAAAUGGGGUUGCCCAGAUUUCAAGUCUCAGACCUAGAAAAGGGAUCCAUGAAAAUCGUUCUAGAGUGCCUUUUAACAAUUAGAGCGCAAUUUAUGCCAAAUGGUGGGGGAUAUAGUGUUCCAAACACUAGUUCUCCAAAAACAUCUGGAGGUGAUGCUAGUAUGAGCUGGAAAUCCUUAGUAGAGCAUAUUGGAGGUGGCGAUGGUUCUCCACGGGGAGAAUCUUCUCGGUCAUAUCUUUCUGCACUAUGCGGAGAAGAGAGGCGCAAGAGUCUUUCAGAAUCUAAAUUUCAACAUGCUUUGCGCAGCCCUGUAAAGGCAGAGCCAUCUGCUGCAUUAAUACAUCAUGUUGGACACAAGUUCCAUGAAGUUUUUCAGCUGAAACAAGGAUGCUAUGCAGAUCUUCCCGCUUCAAAGAUUACAGAAAUGAUGAAAUCGAAUAGUUUGGAUAAUGCCCCAACUCAGUCGCUUUUAAGUGUUGUGAAUGGAAUCCUAGAUGAAAGCAUUGAAAGGAAGAACGUGGAAAUACCUCAUCGUGUGGCAUGCCUUUUGAGAAAAGUUGUUCAGGAGAUUGAGCGCCGUAUAUCUACACAAGCAGAACACUUGAGAACUCAAAACAAUCUCUUCAAGGCUCGUGAGGAGAAAUACCAGUCAAGAAUCAGAGUACUCGAAGCCCUGGCAACUGGGACUAGUGAAGAGACACAGAAUGUUACGAACCAGCUUCAGCAGAUGAAGGCUGAAAAGACGACAAUGGAAGAAAAAAAGAAAGUCGAGCAGGAUGUGGUUAGACUGAUGAAAGAAAAAGAUGACCACUAUCAUGAAAUUGCGGCACUGAAACAAGAGCUGGAAAGAGCUAGGAAAACAUAUGAACAGCAGUGCUUUCAGAUGGAAACAGGAGCCAAGAGAGCUCAGCAAGAUCUUGAGGAGAGGUUGAAGGAAGUAGUGCAGCUCCUAACAGAAUCGAAGAGUAGGGUUAAAGAGCUUGAGGCAUAUUCCGAGACAAAAUGUCAGCGGUGGAACAAGAAAGAGCACAUCUCCCAAAUAUUUACGGAAUUUCAGCUUGGUGCGCUGCGAGAACUUAGGUUCAAUUCUCAGUCAAUUAGGCAAGAAAUUUUGGAAACACGAAAGAGCUACUCGGAGGAAUUCAAUUGCUUAGGGGUAAAGAUUGAGGCACUAGAAAAUGCAUCAGAAAACUAUUAUGCAAUCCUUUCUGAAAAUCAGAAGCUGCAUAAUGAGCUUCAAGAAUUAAAAGGAAAUAUUAGGGUGUAUUGUCGAGUAAGGCCAUUCCUUUCUGGACAAAAGGGAAGACAAACAAUUGUAGAAUAUAUUGGCGAAAAUGGGGAGCUGGUUGUUGUGAAUGCCUCCAAACAAGGAAAAGAGGGCCGUCGAUCUUUCAAGUUUAAUAAGGUCUAUGGUCCAGCUGCAACUCAAGCGGAGGUAUUCUUGGAUACACAGCCCUUGAUCCAGUCAGUUCUAGAUGGAUACAGUGUCUGUAUAUUUGCUUAUGGUCAAACUGGUUCAGGCAAAACCUACACAAUGGUACAAGCACUUGUUUUCGAUAAUCUUUUUGAUAUAUCUUUAUGA